UGAAUUUUUCCUUUAAUGAAAAUAAGCACACGUCUCCUUUAAAUGCGGUUCUGCUAUGUCACGAAAUCAAUGCGGAAGUGAUUACGCUGAGAGUCAUCCUUACUUUUGUUUACAUGAAAUUUGGCAAAGUUUAUGUUGGAGCUUAGUGGAGUUCCUGGGCAUGUUUUACGGCAAUAAGAUUCCGACGCGGCGGUCUGGCUACGGUAACGAGCCGUACCCUCCGCCACGAGACCCCGGGUGCUAUGACUACCACCACGGAGGACCGGAAGCUGCUAACAGCUUUAACUUUCCGAACAUAGAGAGUCUGUCUCCUUAUGAAUGGAAGCCUCCACCUGCAGCCGCUCCUCCACACACAGCCAGUACAACCAGUGGGCGCAAGAGGCACCGGAACGACUACAGUACUUAUGCUGUCAAACGCCAACGAGUUGACCAUUUGCCUCAGCCAUCAGCAGCCUCGCCUCUAAGAUGGGCUGCUCAUCCUGACCAAGCAGUGGGAGAGUCGUCCAGAUCAGCCCUCAUGGGGUUUGAUCCCUUUUAUCCCAAUCCGCUCCACUUUCUGAACACACAGGUGCUCUCUGUUCCGGAAAGCUUUACGAGGAUUCAGAACUACGUCAAGGACAAGCUGAGUAGUCAGAUGGUGGAGCUGUUUGAGGCUUGUCAGCAACAACCUUCAGAUCUGGACAGAAAAGAGGCGUGUCGAGCACGGCUGCAAGAUGACAUACAGAAAAUAUUUCCAGCGGCACGGCUUUACCUGACUGGAUCUUCUAUGAACGGGUUGGGUUGCCGGAGCAGUGAUGCUGACGUCUGUCUUGUGAUUAAAGGAAAUAAACGCCCCAAUCCAGUUGAUGUCCUUUCUCAGCUCCAGAGGGCUUUCAGACCACUCGCAUAUGUUGAGAGGAUUCAACUGAUAAGAGCUAAAGUCCCCAUCCUCAAGUUCAGAGAGAGAGCCAGUUAUCUGGAGUUUGAUCUGAAUAUCAACAACACAGUGGGCAUCAGAAACACAUUCCUCUUGAGAAGUUACGCUUACGCCGAUGUCAGGAUUAGGCCCAUGGUCCUCGUUGUGAAGAAGUGGGCGCGGCACAACCAGAUCAACGACGCCAGCAAGGGAACGCUGAGCAGCUACACGCUGGUGCUGAUGGUCCUUCACUAUCUCCAGACUCUUAGAGAACCUGUCCUCCCAUCUCUUCAAAGGGCUCACCCUGAGAGUUUUAAUCCCUCCAUGGACAUAGACAAGGUCCCAGAUGGACCCAAAAACAUUCCUCCCUACACAUCAAGAAACCAGUCCUCUUUGGGCGAGCUGCUGCUGGGCUUUCUCCGAUACUAUGCCACAGAGUUCAGCUGGGAUAAACAAGUGAUCUCUGUGCGCAACGCCACAACUCUGCCCAAGACCAAUUCUCAAGAGUGGAGAAACAAGUUCAUAUGUGUGGAAGAGCCAUUCGAGAGGACUAAUGUUGCCAGAGCUGUCCACGAGAAGCUGAAGUUUGAUGCCAUUAAAGCUCGGUUUGCUGAGUCAUGCCGGAUACUGCACGUAAGGAAGGACCUGAACUCCAUCCUUCCUUUCAGAACCAUCAUCAGUAAGGAGUCAACGAGGAGAUGAGCUGACUGGCCUUUCCCCACAAACAAUGAAAGACAUUGAGGAGCUUCAGCGGCUCCCAGCUGAACAGACUCAGAGGGGAGGAGGUGGAGGGCUAAAUGCUCUUCAUGUUUGAGUCUGAUUAAAAAUACUGAACUCACUGCUGAAUGUUUUUGCUGCCACAUUCCUACUACUGUCAUCACAGCAGGAAGAUAAUAAACAUUAUUUGCGGCGGUAAACCAGAGGAUUUGAAUGCAACAUCCAGUUACUGAAGACAGCGAGUCAGAGCAGAACAAUGCAAGAUUUUAUUUUUAAGAGCUGCUACGUGGUCUUCUUGUCCUUGCCUGGGUAGAAACGAUAUCUUCUCCCAUGAAAGAAGAAUUAAAUGGAACUGACAGCAUUAAGGUUUAUAAAUCUUUUCUCCUCUGAGCUUAUCUUCUGUUAGCAGCAUUUCUCCACAGCGUCCUUUCUGAUGAUUUAUUCACAUCUGCAGCAUACGACUUUCUAGAAGUUAGCGACGUCAAAGCCCUGUUUCUAUUUUCAUAGGUCAAUGUCGACAGCAUCGUUUCUUCUUCUCUCCUGCUGCAUUAUGAAAAUCUGCGUUUUCUCACCAUCUGACUCCUGAGCUCCUCAGUGAUGUUUGGGGUAAAACGAGCAUAAUGAGGUUACCACUUGAACUGGAUUUCUGGAUUUUACUGUUCUUCAGCUCAUCGCUCUUCGUGUAUGUUGUCUCUCUUCAGCUGUUGUCAAGGCUUCUAGUCUCAGCUACUUACUAGAUUUAUUUGGGUAAACUGUAGGCGUAAGUUUCAUUUUACAUGGAUUUACAAUAUACAGUUUUUUGUUUGCUUUUUGUUUUUGCCCUGGAUUUCUAUUUUUCUGAGCUCUUUUUGUACAUUUUGUUCUUUACGGAAUUUAAUUAUUUAAAAAAAAUAAAUCUCUCAAGCUGUA